CACCUGUAGCAGUGAAACUGAAGCUCAGGGUUCAACUUUGCACACAUUUGAAUAGGAACACGUUUGGUUGGUAAAAUGCCACAAAAGAAGAGUUUAAAUUUAAAAAGUACACAACUUGUAUUCCUGCUGCUUCUUGGUUUCUCUUGGAGACUCUGUGAUGCACAGACGGACAGAGAAGAAGACAACAGGCCUCCAGAUGGACAUGGAGGGGACGGCAGCGCUUUCUUUGCCCUGCGGAGUUGCCACCAGCUGCUGCACGGCGAUAGCGGUGAGUUUUUCUCCCCGGACUACCUGUGCUCCAACCCUCCUCUGUGGUGCAACUGGACCAUUCAGGUCGACGCUGGGAAGAGGAUCCAUCUUCACCUGGAGGACCUGACCCCCGAUGACACCUGCCACCUCAAACAGGACCAGAUCCACGUAGACGAACCCGUCGGACAUUUAGUCAGCCACAAGGUUCUGCAGAAGUGCUGGCAAGAGGCCAAGUACACCUCAUCCUCCAACGCCCUGUACGUGGUGCUGCUGAUCGGGGGCUGGCCGAGCCCACUCUACAGGGGUUUCUACGGCCGCUACCAGGCGUUUGGGCCCCCGGUGGUUUACAACCCAGGAGAGGGCUCCUCAGAGGGAAGAGAGGAGUCAGAACUCCUGACUCAAUCUCCUGCACUGAUGGAAGUUAGUGAACCUGGACCAGUAAUGAAUAGUGACAAGGCGGAGUCGGCUAAUUCCAAUGUGAUGUAUGAUUAUUAUGAUCAACAUUUGGCCAUGGCAGCAGAAGAGGCCGCGGACACAGACGGUGAGAUUGGUGAAAACCUCUGUCCGUCCACGGCUGCAGCCACAGUGCCAGCGCCCACUCAGGGGACCCUCAGAUCAGAACGAGACGUCCUCCACCCCAGUUCAGUCCAGCUGGACUCAGUCGUUUAUUCAACACCUUCACAGCAGCAACAUGACCGUCGGCAUCUCGAGCCGAGCACAACUCGCACCUCAACAGUAACCCAGAGGAACGAGUUGGAAGCUGUGGCUGCGAAGGAUGAGGGCGUCGCAUGGAGCCGGUCGGAUGAGGAGAAGUCGGCCAACGAUUCAGAGCGAGCUGGAGAUGGUGGAAACGAGGUGGAGGUGGAGCAGGUCUCUGACGAGCUUCCCUCCCCCUCAGAGAGACCAGAACUUCCUCAGCCCAACGCGGUGGAGCCCCUGUUAGACCACAGAGUGAACGUGAACACAAAAAAUCUCACUGAGAUUCCACAUCUUCCUGGUGGUCACCUGUUUGAAGUGGCCAUUGAGGUGAAUUUCAGCCUUGAUUUGGAGGAGUCCUGGGACAACCUGGCCAGGUCCCUGCUGAUGUCAGUGAAGGGUUCGAUCAGUGAGAAGCUGGAGGGUCUGUACACACAAGUGGCCAUAUCUUCAAAAAGAAUAAAGAGGCUACAUGCAGGAGCGCUAUAUAUCCUCUGGCUGCAGAGUGGACAUGGUCCUGGAGGUGUGCAAGCCCACAGGGCCCUUCACUCUGCCCUGCAGGGCCUCAUCGCCAAGGCUUUCGACCUCGGAGGGAACCACAGGACGGCCAUCAUCAUGUCCGUGUCGACUGCAGAUGUGAAUGAGUGUGGGACCCAGCUGGUUCUGUGUGACACUAAUGCAGACUGUAUGAAUGAGUUUGGCUCAUACUCGUGCCGCUGCCGACCCGGUUUUGAGGACGAAUCUCGACUGGGAUCUGGAGGAACCAUCUGCGUGGACGUGAAGGCUGCAGGUUGCAGCUCAGGCCUUCCUGCUGAGACUAAAGGCGUCUACGUGCUUUUCUUCCUGCUCAGCUCCCUCAUCCUGAUGCUGCUGGCAGCGGCCGGCCUGCUGUACCACCGCCGCCACCGGGGGGCGUUCCUGGUUCGUCGUCACAGCAACAGCAGCGUCUCCCGUCCUGACCCCAACAACAACCGCCGCUGUCCUGAUGACCACUACUCUAGCCCCGCCGGCUCCGACCUGCCCCCCCCACCUCCGCCUGCCAGGGGCCCCAGAGAGGGCUGGGCCCAGGUCAAGGACCACUGUCCAGCUGUGGACCUGCCGCUGCUGCGCUUCAGCCCACUUCUGCCACCAGACAGCUACAUGGAUCCACACGAGGGGGUGAAGAUGUGAAUGCACAGUCGUACCUCAGCUCAAA